CAAAGCGACAUGAUGACGUCAUUGUCCCGCGACAACUUCCGCUGGGCAUUGCUACCAAAAACUAAGAGGUAGCGUGUUAUUUUUUUCGGAGAGAUAUAUAUAUUUUAUUGGACAUUUUCGUGUUUUCAUUCGUCUCCUGGGGCUUUAACUUUCGAGAUGUCUCUGGCAGACGAGCUGCUGGCGGACUUGGAGGAGGCCGGCAACGAAGGCGAGGAUGGUUUGUACCCAGAAGGAGAGGAAGGCGACAGCGAUGGAGAAGCCUCCCAGGGCAGGAGUGACAGAGGGCUGGAAGACAUCCCAGAGGAGAUGGAAGUAGAUUACAGUAAAGCUGACAGCGUUGCAUCCAUCGCCAAACUCCGCCACAGCAAACAGUUUUCAGAUAUCGUGGAGAAGAUAUCGGGAUAUGUUGGAAAGCAGCGCAAGAAUUCAGACGUGUCAGGACCCGUGGAGGCCGACCCCGAGUACAGGCUCAUCGUAGCGGCCAAUAAUCUGACGGUGGAGAUCGACAAUGAGCUCAAUAUCAUUCACAAGUUCACACGGGACAAAUAUUCCAAGAGGUUCCCAGAGCUGGAGUCUCUGGUGCCAAACUCUCUGGAUUACAUGCGCACAGUCAAGGAGCUGGGAAACAACCUGGAGAAGUGCAAAAACAACGAGAACCUGCAGCAGAUCCUCACCAACGCCACCAUCAUGGUUGUUAGCGUCACAGCUUCCACCACACAGGGGUCGCUGCUGAGCGAGUUGGAGCUGAAGCAGCUGGAGGAGGCAUGUGACAUGGCUCUGGAACUCAACCAGUCCAAACACGCCAUCUACGAGUACGUGGAGUCCAGAAUGUCCUUCAUCGCCCCUAAUUUGUCCAUCAUCGUCGGGGCUUCCACUGCUGCUAAGAUCAUGGGUAUUGCUGGGGGCCUCACCAACCUGUCCAAGAUGCCCGCCUGCAACCUGAUGCUGCUGGGAGCCCAAAGGAGGACUCUCUCUGGCUUCAGCAGCACCUCCUUGCUGCCGCACACUGGCUUCAUCUAUUACUGUGACGUGGUACAGACGCUGCCGCCUGACCUCAGGAGGAAGGCAGCUCGUCUGGUGUCGGCCAAGUGCACGCUGGCUGCAAGAGUGGACGGCUUUCACGAGAGCUGCGAUGGCAAGGUUGGCUACGACCUGAAGGAAGAAAUCGAGAGGAAGUUUGACAAAUGGCAGGAGCCUCCGCCAGUCAAACAAGUCAAGCCACUGCCGGCGCCGCUGGACGGGCAGAGGAAGAAGAGAGGAGGAAGGAGGUAUCGCAAGAUGAAGGAGCGACUUGGUCUGACGGAGAUCCGUAAACACGCCAACAGGAUGACCUUUGCAGAGAUUGAAGACGACGCGUACCAGGAGGACCUGGGCUUCAGUCUGGGUCAGCUGGGGAAGAGCGGCAGCGGCCGUGUCAGACAAGCUCAGGUCAACGACGCCACAAAGGCCAGAAUCUCCAAAUCACUGCAGAGGACGCUGCAGAAGCAGAGCAUGACGUACGGAGGGAAGUCGACGGUACGAGAUCGCUCGUCAGGAACCAGCUCCAGCGUGGCCUUCACACCUCUGCAGGGGCUGGAGAUCGUCAACCCACAAGCCGCGGAGAAGAAGGUGGCCGAGGCCAACCAGAAAUAUUUCUCCAACAUGGCCGAGUUCGUCAAGGUCAAGAAGGAAUCCAAGAUCUAGCCAGCUGCUAAGCUAGCGCGGAGAAAGGCAGCGCCGGUCAGUAAGAAGCUACUCCUACAGACCGCGACCACUUCCCUGAGGACAGCAGGAACUUCACUCGGUGACAGAAAACACUGUGAGUAAUGGCUUCCUGCGCGUCUUGCACCAUACUCACGGAGAGGUUGGCUCUGCUAGAGGGCCGUGUCCGCCAGUUAGAGCAGAGUAAUGUCGUAACUUUAGAUGUUGCGGACACAUCUGCUAGCGUUAGCUGUAGCGAGCUAACUAGCCCAGCUUGUAGCAGUCCUAAGCGGCCUACAAGCUACGGUGUACCGGUUGAGACGCAUAAUAGAUUUAGCUCUUUAGCUAGUCCUACACCCCAGUCUACCGGGCACCACACCUUAGUUAUAGGGGACUCCAUCACCCGAAACAUAAAGCUUAGCAAACCAGCCACAAUAAAGUGUAUCCCCGGGGCCAGAGCACCUGACAUUGAAGCUAAUCUUAGGGAGCUAACUCGCAACAGGCCUAGUAAACAC